AUGGAACAUCCCGCUUUUACUAUGAGUGCUUUAUGCACUAUCGGUGGCCUCGCAGGUUACAUUCGUCGCAAAUCUUUACCAUCCCUUAUUGGCGGCGUUUCAACUGGAAUUGUCUUUGGUGCUGCUGGAAUUCUACUUAAACGUAACGCUGAUUGGGGUCUCGAACUCGCUCUUCUCGGUUCUCUUCUUUUGGGUGGCGCGUCCCUCCCCCGUGCAAUUAAACUUCAAAAACCUGUCCCCAUUGGACUAAGCGUUUUGGCUGGUGUUAAUCUCGUCUACUACUCCAAAAAGUAUUACGACUUUUACGCCUAA